CUUCCGUGGGUGGUUUGGAUAAAUAGAGCUCAGAUCCAGCCAGAAAAGUAUAGACAGCAGGGGCUGUGUGUGGACGAGGAAUGCAAAAGGAACUUGGGGAAGAUCAGGCUGUCCCUCCCAAGAGCUCCUCCUUUCUUUAUGCAGUUCUUCCUGGGACAUCAGAACCCCACACCUCACUUCUUAUCUUCCUGAACAUCCUGAGUCUGAAUUCCAGUUUUAGAUCAUUCUGAGGGAACUGCCCUUGCUGGAGUGCAAAGACCUUUUCUAAGAGGAGAACCUUCACAGAGGAGCCAUUACCAUCAGGUCAAGGUCACCACUGCUGAGCUUCUACUGAUCAGAGCCAUGGCCUGGGCCUCCAGCUUUGAUGAAUUCUUUAAGAAUUUUAAGAGGGAAAGCAAACUCCUCUCUGAGGAAACCAUCACCUUGAUUAAAUUCCACAUUGAGCAAAAUGACCUCCAGGAAGCACUGUCUGUAAUCGACAAUGCACUGAGAGACAUCGAUAAUGCCCCCCUGAACAUUGCUGUGACAGGGGAGACAGGGGCAGGGAAAUCCACAUUCAUCAACGCCCUGAGGGGGAUUGGGCAGGAAGAAGAAGGUGCAGCCGCCACUGGAGUGAGAGAGACAACCAUGGAGAGAAAGCAAUAUGACCACCCCAAGUUUCCCCAGGUGAAAAUAUGGGACCUGCCUGGCAUUGGGUCCACUAACUUCCCACCACAAAACUACCUAACAAAAAUGAAGUUUUCUGAAUAUGAUUUCUUCAUUAUCAUCUCUGCUACACGCUUCAAAGAAAAUGAUGCACAACUAGCCAAAGCCAUCAAAGAGAUGAAGAUGAAUUUCUACUUUGUCCGAACCAAGACAGAUAAUGACUUAUAUAAUGAACAGAAGAGUAAACCUAAGACUUUCAAUAAGGAGAAUGUCCUGAUGAACAUCCGAGAAGACUGUUCAAAACAUCUCCAGGAGGUUCUCUCCAGUGAACCUCCAGUCUUCUUAGUCUCUAACUUGGAAAGGUCUGGCUAUGACUUCCCAAAGCUGGAAAUGAAACUCCUAAGGGAGCUCCCGGCCCACAAGCGCCACAUCUUCAUGCUGUCCUUGCACAGUGUUACUGAGGACACCAUUAACCUCAAGAGAGAUUCCUUGAAGCAGAAAGUCUACCUAGAGGCCGUGAAGGCUGGAGCAUUGGCCACCAUUCCACUUGGUGGCAUGAUCAGGGAUGAUAUAGAGAAUCUGGAUGAAACAUUCAAACUCUACAGGUCUUACUUUGGGCUGGAUGAUGCCUCGUUGGAAAAGAUAGCUGAAGAUUUUGACAUGUCUGUGAAUGAAUUCAAGGUGCACCUUCGGUUUCCCCAUUUGUUUUCAGAAAACAAGGAUGUGCCCUUAGGAGAUAGACUAGUGAAAUAUAUCAAACACAUUUCCUCCGUUACUGGUGGACCAGUUGCUGCCUGCAUUUACUACAGAAAGACUUACUAUUUGCAGAAUCUCUUUCUGGACACUGCUGCAAAUGACGCCAUAGCUCUUCUUAAUAAGGAAGCUCUUUUUGAAAAGAAGCAUGGCCCUUGGACAGCAACAUGUAGUGGAAGCAGCAGCCAACUUCUACCAGACAGAGCCAUGGCUUGGGCCUCCAGCUUUGAUGAAUUCUUUAAGAAUUUUAAGAGGGAAAGCAAAAUCCUCUCUGAGGAAACCAUCACCUUGAUUAAAUCCUACACUGAGGAAAAUAAGCUCCAGGAAGCUCUGUCUGUAAUCCACAAUGCACUGAGAGACAUCGAGAAUGUCUCCCUGAACAUUGCUGUGACAGGGGUGUCAGGGACAGGGAAAUCGUCCUUCAUCAAUGCCAUUAGGGGGGUGGGGCAGGAAGAAGAAGGUGCAGCCGCCACUGGGGUGACAGAGACAACCAUGGAGAGAACUCCAUAUCCACACCCAAAGCUUCCCAAGGUGACAAUAUGGGACCUGCCUGGCAUUGGGUCCACUAACUUCCCACCACAAAACUACCUAUCAGAAAUGAAGUUUGCUGAAUAUGACUUCUUUAUUAUCAUCUCUGCUACACGCUUCAAAGAAAAUGAUGCACAACUAGCCAAAGCCAUCAAAGAGAUGAAGAUGAAUUUCUUCUUUGUCAGAACCAAGAUUGAUGUUGACUUAUUUAGUGAACAGAAGAGUAAACCUAGGACUUUCAAUAAGGAGAAUGUCCUGAUGAAAAUCCGAGAUGACUGUUCAAAGAAACUCAAGGAGGUUCUCUCCAGUGAUCCUCACAUCUUCUUAGUCUCUAACUUUGAUGUGUCUGACUUUGACUUCCCAAAGCUGGAGACCACCCUAUUGGGUGAGCUCCCAGCCCACAAACGCCACAUCUUCAUGCUGUCCCUGCACAGUUUUACUGAGGCCACCAUCAAACUCAAGAGAGAUUCCCUGAAGCAGAAAGUCUUCCUAGAGGCCCUGAUGGCUGGAGCAUGCGCUUUCAUUCCAUUUGUUGGCAUGAUCAUGUAUGAGUUAGAGAGUCUGGAUGAAACAUUCAACCUCUACAGGUCUUACUUUGGGCUGGAUGAUGCCUCAUUGGAAAAGAUUGCCAAGCGUUUUAACGUGUCUGUGAAUAAACUGAAGGAACACCUUCAGUAUUCCAUUUUGUUUACAAAAGAUAAUGCUAAAUCCUUAGGAGAACAACUAAUGAAAUAUAUUGCUGUCUUUUCCUUGGUCUUUGGUGGACCAGGUGGUUCUUGGAUUUAUUACAAGAGGACUUACUACUUGCAGAAUCUCUUUCUUGACACUGCAGCAAAUGAUGCUGUUGCUCUUCUUAAUGGGGAAGUUCUUUUUGAAUAG